AUGCCUGGCACAGUCCGCCGGUCGCGUAACGACUCGAAGGUCGCCAUGAAAUCCGUCAAGCCCGACCUGUACCUCAUCGCCAAUGAAGACACCAUCUACGAACAGGACAUCCUCCGCAACCCCGGAAGUGUCCGACCAUGGCUGACCUACAUCGACUUCAAAAUGCGCAAUGGCACGAUCCACGAACAGGCGUUCGUACAAGAGAGGGCAUGCAUACAACUGCCGCGGUCAUAUAAACUGUGGAAGAUGUAUCUGGAUUUCCGGAUCAAACACCUGAAGAAGAAAAACCCCGUCAAGUACCGGACAGAGUUCAACAAGGUCAAUGCCCUGUUCGAACGGGCCCUCAUUUUGUUGAACAAGAUGCCCGUCAUUUGGGAGAUGUACCUGAAGUUCCUUCUACAUCAACCCUAUGUCACGAAAACGCGAAGGACUUUUGACCGUGCACUCCGCGCUUUGCCUGUCACGCAACACAACAGAAUUUGGAAGCUCUACAAGUCCUUUGCCACUUCAGCAGGAGGAGAGACAGCAGUCAAGAUUUGGGCUCGCUAUGUCCAAGUGCAUCCCGAAGACAUGGAAGACUACAUCGAACUCCUCAUCGAGACCGGACAUUACCUCGAGGCAGUGAAGAGAUACAUUCAGAUAUUGAACAACCCCAAGUUCAGGUCAAAGCACAUCAAAAGCGAGUUCCAGCUGUGGAAUGAGAUGGUAGAGCUCAUGGUCACCAAGGCUCGAGACAUCGGUGAUAGCUCGGUUUCUGGAUUCGACCCUGAUACCAUUAUCCGAAGUGGCAUAGAACGAUUUGCCGACCAACGUGGCAAGCUGUGGGCUGGUCUCGCGACCUACUGGAUCACCCGCGGAGAUUUCGAGAUGGCGAGAGAUGUUUUCGAGGAAGGCAUUACCACCGUGAUGACAGUGCGUGAUUUUACCAUGAUCUUUGACGCGUAUGUCGAGUUCGAGGAGUCUAUAUUGUCCACGCUGAUGGACGCUGCUUCUGCCCGUGCUGCCAAAGGAUUUAUCGAUCCUGACAAAGACUUUGAGCUGGAUCUGAAAAUGAUGCGGUUUGAACAUUUGAUGGAUCGCCGCCCAUUCCUGGUCAACGACGUAUUGUUACGACAGAAUCCCAAUAACGUGGUCGAGUGGGAAAAACGGGUUGCUUUGUGGAACGACAACAAACAAGAGAUUGUCCAGACAUACACAGAUGCGAUUGCAGCAGUCGCCCCGAAAAAGGCAGUCGGCAAGUUUCACGAACUCUGGUUGAAUUACGCCAAAUUCUACGAAGAGGCCGGCGACUUGGACACAGCUCGAGUUAUUCUCGACAAAGCGGUUAAAGUGCCAUACAAAUCCGUCGCCGAGCUCGCCGACACGUGGAUUGGCUGGGCCGAGAUGGAGCUGAGGAACGAGAACUUUGACGGUGCGAUGAAAGUCAUGGCUACAGCUACCAAAGCCCCGAAACGGAGCACGGUCGACUACUUCGAUGAAACUUUAUCGCCACAGCAACGUGUACACAAGUCCUGGAAAGUCUGGUCAUUCUAUGUCGACCUCGUGGAAUCUGUGGGUUCUCUGGAUGACACCAGGGCAGUUUAUGACCGUAUCUUCGAACUACGCAUUGCCACCCCACAAACUGUUGUCAACUAUGCCAACCUUCUCGAAGAGCAUGGCUAUUUUGAAGAAUCCUUCAAGGUCUACGAACGAGGCCUUGAUGUCUUCACCUACCCAGUUGCGUUCGAGCUGUGGAACCUGUAUCUCACCAAAGCCGUCAACCGUAAAAUCGGGAUCGAGCGCCUUCGGGACCUUUUCGAGCAAGCCGUGGAACAAUGCCCACCCGAGUUCGCUAAAUCGAUCUAUCUCAUGUACGGCAGUCUAGAGGAAGAACGAGGGUUGGCCCGGUCAGCAAUGCGGAUCUACGAACGCGCCACACGCGCCGUGAGCGACGACGACCGUCUAUCUAUGUUCGAAUUCUACAUUACCAAAUCAGCCACCAACUUCGGACUGACAUCUACACGCCCAAUCUACGAACGGGCUAUCGCCUCGUUGCCCGAUAAGGAGGCGAAGACAAUGUGUCUCAAGUUUGCAGAAAUGGAGCGACGUUUGGGAGAGAUCGAUCGCGCAAGAGCAAUCUAUGGCCACGCAUCUCAAUUCGCUGAUCCCAGAGUCGACAAAGGAUUCUGGGAGACGUGGGAGAAAUUCGAGGUGGCCCAUGGCAAUGAGGACACCUUUAAGGAGAUGCUCAGGAUCAAGAGAUCGGUGGCUGCGCAGUUCAACACAGAUGUUGCAUUUAUCGCAAGCCAGGCAAUUGCAAGGGGGCAGGCUGCUGCUGCGGUUGGUGGUGAGGGCGAAGGCGAAGGAGCUGAACGGCGAAACGGAGAGGCGCAGGAUGCAAUGGCUGCAUUGGAAAGACAGGCGAGAGCACCAGUUGGCUUUGUUGCAGCAAGCACAGGGCCAGAGGGUGGGAAUCGUGCGCCGUCGAAAGCAGCGGACGACACGACCAACAAACCUGACCAAGCAGUGGCUGCAAAUCCAGAUGCCAUUGACAUUGACGAUGAUUGA